GCGCUGCUGCUGGAUUCUGGCUGAAUACCGGUAGGAAUGGAUCUGGUUUGGCGAUGUUUGUGCAUAAUUUGCACAUUGGCAUUCUCAAUAACGCACUCUUUUGAACAGAAGUUUGGCUUUGCGUCCUAUUAUGGAGAUCAUAUGGUCCUACAGAGAGAACCUGCUAGGGCUGUCAUCUGGGGCUAUGGAUCUAAUGAAGCUAAUGUCACACUCACGUUGCUGGGACAUGUUAUCAAUGUUUCACAGAUUGCACAGGUGGUUGAUGGUAAAUGGAAAGCAGUUCUUCCUCCCAUGAAGCCAGGUGGUCCUUUUACUCUCGUUGCACAGCAGGAGAGCACUAAUGGAAAUGUGACUGUCCGCAAAAUAAAUGACAUUUUAUUUGGAGAUGUGUGGCUAUGUGGUGGGCAAAGCAACAUGGAAAUGACACUGUCUCAGGUAAUAAACAGUUCAGAAGAGCUUUCCCAAGCAGAAAAGUUUCAUGAUGUGCGGGUUUUUUCUGCUGCUCUGGAGCAAAGUGAGGCUGAACUGUACGAUCUGCCUCGAGUUCUAUUACCCUGGUCUGUCCCAUCAGCAGAGGUGCUAGGUGCUGGAAAUUUUACCUACUUCUCAGCAGUUUGUUGGCUCUUUGGACGCUACCUUUAUGCAAAACUGAAGUAUCCAAUUGGGCUAGUGGAGUCCUGCUGGGGUGGUACAAUAAUUGAGGUGUGGUCUUCACCAAGAGCCCUUAAGAAGUGCAUACCUGCGAGGUCUUUAUCUAGGUUACCUAAAGUAGAAGCAGCACCUCUUCAGCCCUCAGUUUUGUGGAAUGCAAUGAUACAUCCUUUGCUUAACAUGACCAUCAAAGGAGUAAUAUGGUAUCAAGGGGAGUCAAAUACAGAUUAUCACCGGGACUUUUACAACUGCACAUUUCCUGCUAUGAUAGAUGACUGGAGAUUUAGUUUCCAUCAAGGUUCAAUGAAACAAACUGCAGAAGAUUUUCCUUUUGGCUUUGUGCAGAUCUCCACAUCUGAGCGUCUAUCUAAGAGUGAAGAUUAUCCCAUACUGAGAUGGCACCAGACAGCUGACAUGGGGUUUGUUCCCAAUGCUAGGAUGAAGAACACAUUCAUGGCUGUUAGCCUAGAUCUUGUAGAUGACACAUCACCGUGGGGCAGCAUUCACCCCAGAUACAAACAGGAUGUGGCUUUCCGUUUGACUCUUGGAGCUCGUGCUGUGGUGUAUGGAGAAAAAGUCUCUUUCCAAGGACCAUUUCCAUCUAAAAUUAAUUACACUGAAAAAGUUGUUAAUGUGACAUUUUCUCAGGAAAUACUGUACAAAGGAUUCAGCGACAACUUAUUUCAGUUCUGUUGCACUGACAAGGAGACUGACUGCAGCUCAAAGAAUGCGGCAUGGGAAACUGCUCAAGUGGUGGAUCAUUCAAGUAACUCUGUUCAUUUAUUAGCCCCCUGCUCAAACGAUAUCGGCCUUCGCUAUGCCUGGUUCAACUGGCCCUGCAGCUUUAAACAAUGUUCCAUCUAUAGUGCAGAUGACAUACUGCCUGCGCCUCCAUUUAUCUUCAACCCUGUACGUAAAUAUCAAAAAUGGUAGGGUUUCCGUAUUAUAUGCAUAUUUAUGCUUGAAGGAAGUUACAUUUUGGGACACUAAGCAAAAGUAUUGUUCUCCCACUGCGGCUCAUUUACUUGAAAUGGUAGUAGCCACUAAAAUUUAUGGAAAAAUUGUGAAACAAUCAGAAUCAGAAUGCAAAAUACUUUGUGAAAGUUAAUUCAUAUUGAUUAACAAAGUAUAUUAAACAAAAGAAAAGUCACCUAUAAAAGGGUCUUUGCAUAGCUACUGUAACUAUCAUUCCCUUGCUCAAACAAUUGUUUAUUCUUAUCAGCCAGUUCUCCAUGUAGUUAAAACGUAAUAAGAGUUUUUAUAGAUAUACAUCAAAAACCAGCUAUACAGCCACAUGAAUGACUGCUAUCUUUCACCAAAAGACAGCUGGAUAUUUUGUAAAGUGACCUCAGUGUGGGCAUACUCUGGUCCUUUUGGGUUAGGGGCUGCUGAAAUGUGAGGAGGAGGCUGGUGAUUGAAGGGGCUGUCCAAGCAAUCGCUGAUGAGUGAUGGAAGGCUGAGUCUGAUUACCUGGAAAACAGAUCAACAUACACAAAGUUUAAUAUCCAGUCAAACAAAAGUCCUUUAAUACAGAAGCCAAACUAGAAGUAGAGGCAGGUUUUAAAUAGAAUCUUUAUAUGAAAUGAUCUAACCUGGAGAAUGGAUCCUGUAAGUAAUAAAUGUAUCUGCUUCAAUGCUAGUUGCAGCUGUUGGGCCAAUGGUCAAAGGUGGUGUUUCCAGAGUGGAAUGUAAAGACCCUAUAAAACAAGAGAAAUGUUUUGAGAAAUCAUAGUCUCAGCUACUUUGUAUUUCAAGUACUACUGCUGAUAGAUUUGUUAAAAAUACUACAAAUUCUUGGUUGUGAUCAUGAGAACUAUUCUUGAGGUUUCAGCAACAGAAAAAUCCCACAAUUUAUGUUGAGAAGGUUGAUUAUGCACCUUACCUUAACAUAAUCAUUCAAAACAGAUGAAUUAAUGGCCAUGAGAAAUAUUGUUGUAUAUAGAACCAUUUUCACACAGCUGGAAACAACUGGCACACUGAGUGCCACAUUCAGAUAUUCUGUAAAUCAAUUCCAUACUUUACAUCUGGACUUGGAGAUGCUCACCUGGCAUGACAUGCUCCACCACUCCCUCUUCAAAACUCUGCUGUCUCUGAAAUGCUUCAAAACUGAUUGAUGCAUCGUCCUCAGGUAGACUGUGUGGCAUCAGACUUUCUCCUGUACGAUACACUUCAAAUCGGACCCACUGAUAGCUGAAAGAGGCAUUACACGCACUUUGUUUAAAAUUAGAAACUCUGAGCCAUUUUUAGUUAUGCUGUUUAAAUAAUUUCAUUGGGUUUACAUUGCAGCAUGGACAACUGACAGUUUACAAAAACAGGAAUGUGGCAUACGAUAAAAAUGACAUUUUCAGAUUCAAUUUUUAUGCAGGUUAAACUUACUUCAUACAUUUGCGUGCUCCAGGGCAGCUCUGAAUUAGAUUUUGGAUGGUAGGAUGUGAAAAACCAAAGAAAUCUGCCCCUGAUGGCACAAUGCUUGUUAGCUGUUUGCCCCUGUGGGAGAUAGUUGAAAUUCAUCAUCUUAAUCUGAUUCUUUGGGGGGAAAAAGCAUUGGAAAAAACAGCAAGAUUGUAGUUUUCCUAGAUUCUUCAUUUCAGUGUUAAAUAUUAAGGAGUGACAUAUACAGCAGUCAUUUGCACCUUUUCGAACGGUGUUUCCUAUGCCCUUUGACACUACGGUCCUCAUAUAUUACAGAAGACAAGCCUGAUUUCUGCUUAUAAAUUCUCGAGCAGAAUGAGCACCAGGUGUCACUCUUCAAGUUUUGCAUCUAAAAUGUGCGUUGGCAAAGAGCAUUCGUGUCAAAUGUGUUACAGUCUGCCCUCCUAAAACCAAACUUGCAACUCCUUUCAAAUGUAGUUAAUACGGUUUGGUUGUGGUUAUUUGUAAGCUGUUAUAGUAUUUUGUCAUAUGUGUUGUUUUCUGAUUGCAAAACCUUCACAUUAAAUAAGCAGGUUGCAUCAAACUGCAAAAUGUUAGAUUGGUAGGAAAUUAUGGUAUUUGUUCAUUUUGCAGUAUGUAUGCGAUGUCAAGAUUUUAAUUUUCAAAGAAAAGACGACAACAAAUGACAUCAGAUUAAGUAGGAAAAAAAUAACUGUGUUUAAGUGCUGCUAACUACAAAAUCAACAUCACCGGUUCAACAGUCGUUUUCUGGGUUUACAAACGUCAGCCUGCUGCCCCAACCCCAACAAAUCCUCCAUUCUCUGCAAUAACAGACAUCCUUUGGUGGAGUUAACAAUUCUUUUCAUCUCCUCCAACACUACCUCUAGCCACAUUGCGUUUUACUUUUCUGUAGGCCUCAUCUGCUUCACCUUUCACCCCGUUAAGUCCAUACCACUGCAAUUGGCUUAAUCUAAAGUAACACUGAAAGUUUAAAACCUAUUUUUAAUGUAAAAGUUAUCUGUCCACACUAGCCUUUUGAGAAAGUUUUAUUGUCCAUUAUGAAGUGGCAAAAGCAUGUAAAUUUCUUUUAUUGGGAACAUGCAGUUUAUUAGCCAAGAGCGCCACCGAUUUACAGAGCAAACCCAAAGUAACGUGAAGUGCAGAAGGAAUGAGUGAAAAACCAAAACCAGAUUUCUUUUGUGUGGAUUGAUAAGGUUCCACACGUUUUAAAGACUAAUAAUGAGUGUAUGGUUGCCAAAGCCUUAAUAAAUUUUGACUGGGAUUCAGCUCCAGAAAUUUCCUCCACACAACACUUAACUUCGCCAUCACUGCUGUGAACAAAUGGCUGUCUGCACUCCAUGUGUCGCCUAAUUAGCAUAACCUGUUUUCUUCUUCUUUAUAUCCAAAUUUACAGUUCCUCCAGGUGUUUCUCCCACACGCCUAUGUUGCCCAUACACCAUGGCCAUACACCAAUCUCUUCCACAUCACCUUCACCUACAGCCAUCACCUUGUCUUUCUGCAUUUACCUUGAGGUGUGCUUUGCUUUAAACCUCCACUUCCAAUUCAGUAUUUUCUUUAUUUCUGCCUAACUUUUUCCCAUCUUUACGAGAUCAUUGGCAUCCACACAGAUCUCUGGUCACCACCUCCAUUUCUAACAUAUUGGGCAACAGACUAAGCAAGUGGCAGCAGCUGAGAGGAGAGAGCAACAGCAAAGUCACUCUUGCAUAUUUGCUUUAUGUGGCAGAAGAAUACUGUCUUUAGCAAGUAAGAAACAAAUGUAAUCAAUGGUGGAAAAAAAUAAACCCCAAAGUUAAUUAAUGGAUUAUAAACUACAUGAAACUACCAUCAUUGCAUAUUAUCUGUUUUUUUAACGGGGCUGAAAUGUUUGAUUGUGUGCUUUUAAACAUGUGGUCAGUUACUUUGAGGAGGUCUACAGUACAUUUUUCAGUAUAAUUUGGAUUAAUCAAUAUUAAAACUAAAGUGACUUGUU